AUGGUCAAGUGUUGUGUUGUUGGGUGCUCGUCGGGGUACUACAAAAACAACACAGAAAAAAUUACGCAAUUUUCUGUCCCGAAAGACGAAAAACUACGAGCUAUUUGGGCAAGAGCAAUUCCACGAGACAAUUUUAUAUUAAGUGAAAAACAUUUUGUAUGUUCCAAACAUUUUCAUGAAGACGAAAUAAUCCGAUUUUGGCAGUCCGGUACAAUACAGAUUCCAUAUAAACAAUUUAAAUUGAAAAUUGGAGCGGUUCCUUCAAUUUUUCCUGGCCCAAAGUACCUAUCCAAGACUUUAAAAAGAAGAAAAGAUCCUGCUAUUCGAAAAUUUGAUGUCCCUUCCAAAAAAAUUAAACUCUCCAUACCAAAUAACCUUCCAAAUUAUGUUGAUGAAAAUGUAGAUGUAUUGGAACAAUGUAGUAAUGUUAAUAAUCUGUUUAAUGAAAUAGCCAACCACGAUAAUUUGUCAUCCAUUAUAAAGUGGCCUUUUACAUUAUCUGAUAGCAAUAAUGAUGUUAAAGAGCAAAGUUAUAACUUUGUUUCGUUGUCUUCUGGAGAUUCAUUUCCUAUUGUGGAAAAAGCAAUUAAAGUUAGUAAUUCUGGAACAAUUACUUUUGGAAUUUUCGGUAAGGAAAUUAGUAAUACUAUUAUCAAUAUAACACCAGGAGAAAAUAUUUAUUCAUUUGCUGAAAAUAUUAAAGAAUUUGAAAAAUUAAGUGUUUGUUAUGGUGGACCAAGAGCUGAAGAAUUUCCUAACUUUUCUUCAAACCUAUGUACUAAAUCAACAACAGGAAGAUUAAAACAUAAUCAAUGUAUACAAGUGGUUAAAAUUGGUUCAUCAUCUUGUAUACGGUGUGCUAGACUAAGAAAUGUAUUAUAUAUGCAGAAACUGAGAAUAAAUUCAAACAAACAAAAAUUAAUUCAACUAUCGCCCACAAAAAGAAACGCAAGUUUCCGUAGAAUUAAAAACAAUUUACAAAAGAACUUUAAUAGGGCUAAGAAAAAAGUCACUGACCUGAAGUUAGAGUUGAAUAAUGUACAAAAAGAAAUGUCAAAAAUAAGUGAUUAUUCUAUUAAAGAAAAAAUUGAUCUAUGUGAAAAUAUAAAUGAGUCUCAAAAAACUUUAAUACUAGAAUGUUUUACUGCAAGUAAAGUAAAAAAUACAAAAAAUCGUAGAUAUUCAGAUAACUGGCUAAUGCUCUGCUUAUUAUUUAAUAUCAGAUCUCCUAGUGCAUAUAAAUACCUGCGCAAUAGUGCAUUAUUACCCUUACCACAUCCUAAAAACGUUAGACGCCAUUUAUCGUUAAUUAAAUCUACUUGUGGGUUUGAUGAAGACUUUUUGAAAAUACUAGCUAAAAAAGUUGACAAAAUGAAUAGUAAAGAGAAACAUGGAGUACUUCUAUUUGAUUCAAUUAAUCUUAGAAAAAGUAUUCAUGUAAAUUCGUCAAAUUUAACAUAUUUAGGUUUAGAAGACUAUGGUAAUGAUAUACCACAUGCUGGCCAUAAAGAAUAUGCGGACCAUGCAUUGGUUUUCAUGUUCCAAUCCCUUGGCUCUAAUUUUUACCAAACAAUUGGUUGUUUCGCUUCAAAAAGUGAAGUUAAAGGGGUCGUUCUUGCAAAAUUGGUAUUAAAAGCCAUAAUACUUUUAAAUAAUAUUGGAAUUAUAAUUGAUGGGAUUGUAUGUGAUGGUGCAAGCACAAACAGAAAAAUGUGGUCUGAAUUAGGUAUUAAUGGUACCCAGGAAGGAAUGAAAAAUUAUUUUGAGCACCCAACUAUUCUAAAUAAAAGGGUCUACGCAUUUUCUGAUUUUAUCCACCUGUUCAAGUGUGUUAGAAACCGUCUCUACAAUAAUAAAAAUCUAAGACUUCAUUCGGAUUCUGAGAGUGUUGCUUGGGGAUACUACAAAGAAGUUUUUAAAGAAGACAUAAAGCAUCCAGCAAAUAUUAGAAUUAUUCCGAGAAUAACACUUCAGCAUCUUGAUCUCUUUCCAAUGGCAAAAAUGAGAGUUAGGCUUUGUACACAGGUAUUCAGCAUGAGUAUGGCCAAAGCUAUGCGAUACUAUAAGAGUAAAAAUUGUCUCAUGCUAAAAGGUUCUGACGAAACAGCAAAUUUUACAGAGUUUUGGAAUAAUCUGUUUGACAAUUUGAAUCGUAACCUACCGUGGCAAGGCUUAAAAAUAGAUGCCAGUGAAGGAUUUCAGAACUUAAAGGAUGCACUAUACUACAUUGAUUGUUGGGAAAAUGAGAUGUUAUGUGGAAACAUUAACACAGCAGAGUUUUUAACAAAUCAAACGGCUGAGGGAUUAAGAGUUACACUGAAUUCCACGAUUGAUUUGUCAAAAUAUUUGUUAGAAACAUGUGACUAUACAUAUGUACUAACUGGGAAAAUGUGUCAAGACCCUCUUGAAAAGUUUUUUGGAAUAAUACGACAGAGUUCCGGACCUAAUGAUCACCCAACGACACCAACCUUUCUUCAUUUAUAUAAGAUCUUAUCCAUUUAUUCAGUUUUAAAACCGCCCAAAUAUGGUAAUUGCUCUAUUACCUAUUGUGAUGUUCCACAAAUUUCUUUAGCUGAUUUACGGGAAAUAUUCCAUGAUAAAGAAAACCCUAGAGUAGAAAAAAUCAAUAAAUUGAAAAUUAAACUGGACAAAUUAAUCGAAGAAGGGCAAUGGGAGCCAUGUGACAUUUUUCCAAAUUGCAGCAAUAAUGAAGAAUGCAGUGUGAGGGACUGCAUUGUGUACUAUAUAUGUGGGUAUGUCACAAAAAACCUUUUAAAGUGGAAAAAAUGCCUGCAAUGUAUUAAUUUUUUUAAAAAUAGUAAUGCUAAUCAUCCUGCUGCUGAGCUUGUUUCACUUAAAUCUAAAGGUCAACUUAUUUAUCCUAAUUCUAGUUUGUAUGAAUUCUUAAAACAUGUUAUUGAUGUCACUGCUGAAAUAAUUGUCAACUAUAUUCAAAUGAGACUUAGACAAUUUUCAUAUCAAGAAAAUCUGAAAAUGAAAAAAGUUUCUAUGGUAAAGAAGAAGAUAUCCAAACUAUAUAAUACGUGA